AUGAAAAACAAAUAUACUCCUAUUUCGGAUUCUGAUGACUCUUCCAAUACGCUCAAUGAUGAAAAGGCAGAUACGCAUUCUUCAGAUGGUACGCCUCCUCCGUAUUCAGCUUCAAACAAAUUUAUAGAUCUAGAAAUAGCUGAUGGAUCCGCUCAGAAUUCCGCCCAAGAUACUGUUAAUAAUACUAGGUCGAGUUCGAUGGAUAAGUGGCAGAUAAUAAUGUACUUGUUGUUUUUUACUUCUUUUGUGUAUAUUAUAUUUUAUGCUAUUCUUCUUGUGUUAUUUUUCACUUCCAAGGUUUUUGUGAAUGCACAAACCCUUUGGGGGCUUUCUGCUGGCUGUGCAGCAUCCUUUGCAUUGUUUCUGUUUGCAAUCACUCAAAUGCCUAAAGAAUGGUUCCCGCAGGCCAAACAAGGGCUCACACAAGCUGGGAGAGCAACCAAACAGUUUUGGUGCAAUAUGUGCAUCGCAACAUUAUUUUUACUACCUUUGGAUGUUUCUUUAUUCAUUGUGUACUAUAAAACGAAGAGGUUAAUAGGGUUUGAAACUGUGGACUUUUAUUGUUAUGUGUUUAUUAUUUUUUUAGACAUAGCCUUACUUCCUCUUUGUACGACGAACGCAGAUGCGCGUGAACAACUAGGAUUAAUUGUUGUUGAUCUAAAAAACGGAAUAGGAAGCGGUAUAAAUGGCUUAGGAAGCGGCAUAAAUGGCUUAGGAAACGGCAUAAAUGGCUUAGGAAACGGCAUAGGAAAUGCUGUAGAUCAUAUGUUCGGGACAAAUCGAAGAGAUGAAGCACCUCCGAACGAAGAAAUUGAACUUCAACCUCUUGCUGAGCAAAGCGCUGAAGUUUGA